GAAGGAUGCGAUCACCAAGUCCCAUAGCGAUGUAUUUUCCUUGGCAUCGAUACACCUCGCUGGAUUGCGCUGUGUGUAGAAUUAAAACAGACGAUGAAAGUGACACUGCGACGAGCUGUACAAUAAACGUGUGUUUUUAGUCUACAGUGAAUGGUCAACGAUCGAAUUACGUUGGUGGGAGACAGAUUAUCUCAACCUCGAUGUAGAUGUCUUUUUGUGCCAGUUCGACUAAAGAGAAUUAAGAACACGACCGUGGCGUAAUGCGUCUGUCAACGACAAGACUGAGAAACUGCAGCCAUAAACCACUUUAAAGCACAUAGAAGGAGAUACUGGUUUGAAAACGCGAACUGCUCCGACCGAGAUGUUACUUUGAAAAGGUGAACUGUUCCGAAGGAGAUGUUGAUUUGAAAAGGCGAACUGAUCCGAAGUUUCAGUGGGAGAAAAUGACACUUCAGUUAUGGUGAUAUUUACUAGCGAUACCGCAACAACCAUGGGUUCGUACAGUGCUGUGAAUGUGACUGGUGUAGUUAAUGCAUCGUUGGAUGCAUUCUACGAUGGAUCACUAUGCUUCAAUUUUUCAAACUUGGAAGAUGAUUAUGUUAAAAAUUUGGUUUCCUACACACCAGGUGACGCUUUCUUUCACUCGGUGUUUCUACCUAUUGUACUUGUUGUUGGUGUCCUUGACAAUGCUCUUUUUAUAUAUGUUGUGUUACGCAUUCCUAGAAUGCGGACUGUCACCAACUGCUAUCUCGUUGGUCUUUCAGUAGCUGAUAUAAUAUUCCUGGUGUUCGCUAUUGGUAGUAAAAUCUGGGCUUAUGCCAAGUCGCCCUUAUACGCCGAUGAUUCUCCCCUAGGCUUAUCGGGAUGCCAGCUCAAUCAAUUCAUGGUAAAUACAUCGUACUUUGUGUCUCUCUGUUUCAUCACGCUGGUGUCCUGGGAACGAUAUAACGGGGUGUGCCGCCCUCACAGACGGCGAGAUACCAAAUUGAGAGUUGCUGCUAAUGUGUUUUUAUCAACCUUGAUCUCAUGCCUACUCUCGGCCUCUCUCCUAGUCAGCUUCAGUCAAGAAGAGUUCCGUUGCUUCAUCUGGCCGGCAACACCUACCUUCUCAACGUGGCCUGAGAAACGAAUGGCUUGUCUGUCCGACUUUGCUUGGGCCGAUUGCUACUCGUACGCUACACAAACUGUCCCGUUUUUCCUCUCACUGUUCGGGAACACACUUCUGUACUAUAAGAUUAUCCGAGGAUUAGAUCAGUCCAUCAAACGGACUCAUUCUAACCACCGUAAAGCCAAAGACUCUACCCGGAACCAAGUAGCUAUAAUGUUAGUCAUCAACGGCGUUGCUUUAUUCGCCCUCCUGGCACCGUUCGAGUUUAUGUCGAUCUUCAACCUCGUCGCCAAUGUACGAGGCGCGGUGUACAUCAUUCCCCUAGACGCCCGUCAGGGUCUGGCUUACUUUGCCCGGGUAGCCUCCUACUUCAACUCAAUAAUCAACCCUAUCAUAUACACCGUCCUUAGCAGUAGGUACAGGGAGGCUUUUCAAAUUGCCCUCCUUCCGGCCGCAUGUCGUCCACGUCCGAAAGGUUCCGAUAAUGCUACUCCGGGGAGCACCGGAAGAAGCGGAACCAUGACAACCAGGGCACAUGAGUCGAAGAUGUAAGGACACAUGGGAGCUUCGGACGAGAUGGUCUCAUUGAACCAGAACGUAAUGUAAAUACUAAGCUUUUAUGGUAAUGGUAUUUUAUUUCAAUGUUCUAAAUCUCAAAAGGCCCCAUGGCGGUGUGUAUGUAUGCAUAUGUAUUGUUAUGGGAAGUAUAUACUCAAGAAGUACAUGUAUACGCAGAAACAUGUUGCAGACAGCAACAAGCGAGGCUUUUGUCAAUGGUCGUAUUUCUUGUUCUGUUCCAAAUUAUAAAACUGUUGUUGUAUCAAUCCAAUGUUGCAAACAAAAUUUAAGUAAAAAUCCUGCUAUUCUCGUGAACUACAUAAGCCUUUUUGAGAUAUGGUUGGCGCACAUAGGAGUACACUGCUAGUAGGUUUGGGUGUAUAAAGACAAAUUUGCCUAAACCCAGCAGUAUCAUAAUAUUGUGUCAACUUUAUCUCAAAAUAGCUCAUUGACGUUUAAUGCGAACUAAUCACGUGUGUUUUUUUACCUUCUGCCCAAAACUCCUUGUGCUUUUUAAUAAUGGUGAAUUCAAUCAAUAUACCUGCCAAGUCGCCAUGACGACUCUUCUUUUGACUGUAUGACUCAUGACGGUCAAAUAAAUAAAAGUAAAAAAUGACAGCUAUACGCCAAACGAGCCGUGGCUGACAUUCAAUAUUUUUUUCACACUUGAACAAAUAAGAACAUUCUCUUCUCACUCGUGUAAAGGCACAAGCUCUGCGCUGUGACUGGACUUGUUGAUCAGAAGUGUCGCUACAUAAUUUGAGAUAUUUAAAGUCAAACAGCUAAUUAUGCGUGAAGACAAAUUGAUGCUUGCAGCCGAUGAAAUAGGCUGGUCCAAAUUUGUCAUUGUUUUUACAUGACUGCGUUUUAUAAAUUGUAACAGAUUUGUGACUAUUGUGCUAUAAAUGUAAAUAUGCUAUUGUGCGAAACAGUUAGGUUAAUACACUUAGAUAUUGUUUUCCAAAUCUAUGAUACCACCUUCGCUUUUGCAGAAGGAAAUAAAGCUGUGUUUUGUAUCAAAAUAUGAACGAAAGACGACACAAUAAGGGUCACAUUUGUUGUUAUGUUAUAUAAACUAAACAGAAUCCUCGGGGAUAAAGAACAAUAAUUUUGUUACACUUACACCGUUGUGAAGUUAUUUAUCUAAAACUUGAUGAGAUAAAGAAUUGUAUAAUCAGUGAUUGGCCUGUGAAGUUGUCUUCAACGGGCAUCGGAAAGUACUGAGUGUACACUGUUUAAUUCACAUCGGUGUAUACGGGUACAAAUAAUAAUGAGUAUCCUGCCAUGCCAAAGCACAUCAAACAUGAGUCCAAGAGAUUAUUUUGUCAUAAACAAAAUCUCGCAAAAAAUCAUAAUAUUUGGUUCCGAAUGAAUGCCACACGAACGUCUGUUACAAUUCUCCUAGUCUUUCUCAGUUUAUAGCACACCUGAAAACAGAACAUUUUCCUUAAAAGUGCCCUGACAUCAGAUCUUGACGACUGUACCAAAUCAACAUUCUCUACCCUUAAAAGAUGGCUCUAAUAAAUAACUAAUUUAAGUCAUAUCUAAGAAACAUGUGAGCAUUCCAUAUCAAAUUGGCCGCACGUUUCAAAAGCACAUUGCUGGAGAUCGCUUUUAAGGCCCUAGUUGUUUGGGGUUUUUUUUUCACCCGUGCAACGUGCUUGCCGAGUGUUCGUUCUAUGACUGUAUUGAUCGGUAACAUUGAAAGACAGGAACUCGGUAAAAUAAAAUCAUGUGUAAAGCGACUGAAGUAUAAAUGUAAAAACACCUCGGGCAAAACCAUUCUGGCGGCGUUUGAUAUAGCACCGACUUAAAGGUAUGGUGCAAGACCUAUACAAUGUAAUCGUGAAGAGAAAAAAACUGAAACUCCGUACCCUGGUGAUUGAGAUGCGAUGGACACUUUGUUUUAUGAACUAGGAUCGUACCUUAUACUGACUCACUAAUUGCAAAACUAGGUUCUCUACCUUACAAUGAUUCCUUAGUAAUACCUGAGACUGAACCUUACCAUGCCUUGAUUCACUAAUUGCAGUUCUAGAUAAGCUACCUUAAUUCAUUGUUUACUACUCAGGUACCAUAUGAUGAUUCACUAGUAGCAAUACAACCAACCGUACCUUACUCGAUUCGUUGCACACUACAGGUACCGUACCUUACAAUGAUCCAUUGCAAUAACAAAGUUGUCGGACCUUAUGAUUAAUUGCAUACUAGUGACUGUACCUUACUAGUGACUGUACCUUAUCUUUAUUCAUUAAUUGCAACGCUGUUACCAUACCUUAGCUUGAUUCAUUGCACACCGUUGAUACAUUGCAAUAAUAUAGUUGGCAAACCUUAUCUUGAUCCGUUGCAAUACUUUAGGUGCUGUAUCGUAUGAUUUAUUGCAGUGCUAGUGUUGUCGUAGCCUACAUUAUCUUGACACAAAAAGGUUAAACCUACAAGUGAGCAAUCGCUUGAUUGACAUGAUCAAUGACGUAUAAUGUUUGCUAGAGGGAAUGCAUACCGUACCAGUAGCAUCACAAUUUAAAGAAAGCAUACAUGUGUGAGCUAUAUACCUUAUAUUGAUUCAAGACACUUAGGCUGUGUCCGUAACGGCGACUGUGGCUUGAGCUACGACUAGAUCAGCGCGUCUGCCUGUGUUAAGGAAUAGACAGACGCGCUGAUCUAGCCGUAGCUCUAGCCGAAGUCGCCGUCUGGGACACGGCCUAAGCCCCUACCCGUGAGUGGUAGUGUUCUAAGCGUUCUAGCCUUACAUUGAAUAAGAAAUCCUACCAGAAACCUCUAAGAAAAUCUCAAACUCUGCGCUUUACGUCGACUUUAAUAACGAUCAUAAUUUUGGCCUUCAAAAGAUACGCCAACAUUCGAAUUUACUUUGAUUGGUUAGGAGCGAAUCAUGUUAAAUGGACGGCGUAUAUUGAGAACACGUUAGUAUCGGAAACAAAUUAACAUCUUCAGGCAAUCCGUCCGGUGAGUCUUAACCUAGUUCUUAAUUCAUGGUUUCGGCAUCAAGACUUACCAAUGCGUGAUAAAGGGCUGUACUUGAGUCGCCAAUAAAACCAUGCAAUGUGGAUACUAAACCCAUGUAUCAAUUUAAUUUCCAUGUAAGCUCUAGAUGAGAUAAUGAUACAUCUUUCGUGAUAUGGGAAUUUAUGGAGCUAGGGAUAAUUUCCGAAUCCUAAGGGGCGACUGAGUCGGCGGCAACUUGUUCAGUGGGCGACUUUGAGAAGGGGUAAUAUUGUAUCGGAGGGGCGCCUUAUGCAUUGGGGCGACUUUGUAUUCGACUUUUUUCAUAUAAAACAAUGGGUCAUUCUUGUAUCUGUUAAGUUCGACACCUCGUCUUAUUUUUUUCAUGAGUCUAUUGGGUUUUCUGUUUUGUUUAAAGCGAAGCUGUGUUGUCGGUUUU